AUGGAGGCAGCAUCUGCGCGCAUGGCCGCCCGCGACCGCUACGGCGCGUUUGGCGAGGCCCCCACCUCCGCGCUGCAGCGCUUUAUAUUACAGGCUUGCGACCCGCAGAACUUCGAGCCUAAUCUUGCGCUGAACCUCGAGAUCACCGACCUGAUCAACCAAAAAAAGGGUUCUGCGCCUCGAGAAGCAGCCGUGUCUAUUGUGCACUACGUUAACCACCGCAACCAGAACGUCGCCCUACUCGCACUCAAUCUCCUCGACAUCUGCGUGAAGAACUGCGGCUACCCGUUCCACCUCCAGAUCAGCACCAAGGAGUUCCUCAACGAGCUCGUCCGCCGCUUUCCCGAGCGCCCGCCAGUGCACUCUUCGCGCGUCCAGAACCGAAUCCUCGAGCUGAUUGAAGAGUGGCGUCAGACAAUAUGCCAGACAUCGCGCUACAAGGACGACCUAGGCUUCGUCAGAGACAUGCACAGACUCCUGAGCUACAAGGGCUAUAUAUUCCCAGAAGUACGAAAGGAGGAUGCUGCCGUGCUCAACCCGAGCGAUAACCUUCGAUCCGCCGAAGAAAUGGAGGCCGAAGAAAGGGAGGCGCAGUCUGCAAAACUCCAAGAGCUCAUUCGUCGUGGUGGGCCUCAGGACCUGCAGGAGGCGAACAAGCUCAUGAAAGUAAUGGCUGGGUACGACCAAAGAAACAAGACAGACUGGCGAGCAAAGGCAGCUGAGGAAGUUGGCAAGAUUCAGCAGAAAGCGAGGAUACUCGAGGAGAUGCUGCAGAGUUACAAGCCCGGGGACCAGCUCAAGGAGGGUGACGUUUUCGAGGAACUUGCUAGUGCUCUCCAAAACGCACAGCCUAAAAUCCAUAAAAUGUGCGAAGAGGACUCGGAAGACACAGAGGCCGUGGCGAAGCUAUUCGAAAUCAACGACAGCAUACACCGUACAAUACAAAGAUACAAGCUGAUUAAGGAGGGCGAUAUCGACGGUGCAAACAAGAUACCACAGGGCACACUCGGACGCAGUGGCGCUGGAGUCUCGAAGGGUGCAAACAACCAGUUGAACUUGAUCGAUUUCGGCGAUCCCGAGCCUACACCUGCUCCUGCAGCAGCAGAAUCUUCCGGUGCGGCCUCAUCGCAACCAGCAGGUAAGGGCAACGCCUUGGAGGAUGAUCUGCUAGGGUUGUCUCUGGGUGUUGACAGCUAUGGUCAAUCGGGCAGCAUAGCGCUUGGUGGUUCGAACGGAUCAGUGCUUGGCCUGUCAGGAGGGCCGGUACCCCAACACCAGAAAGCUUCAAACCAAGCAAUCACCGACCUCUUUGCCUCCGGACCGCGAUCGACACCACCCCCACAACAAAUAUCUUCACCACCACCAUCUGCCACCUUUUCGCCUGGGCCCACACAGCCCUCUCGUACACCAGAUCCUUUUGCUGCACUCACGUCAACACCUCGUCAGGGCUCGCCGUUCCAGUACCAGCAGUCAAUAAAGCCACCAGCACCUUCAUCCGCAGCAGUCGACCUGUUAGGCGGUGACAUCUCUGCGCCGACUUCCAAUCUGGCCCAGAGCAGUACGAGCGCGGCCAACGACGAUGACGAGUGGACCUUUGCAUCUUCUGUCCCGGAUAGCUCAAAGGAAAUCACAGUCGUCAACUCGAGUGUCAACGUAAUAUUCAACAUCUCACGAGAGACCGACACAGCCUUACUGAUUCACUCUCGCGUGUCGAAUAAUACACCAUUGCCAGUAUCUGGUCUCACUCUGCAAGUCGCAGCAUCCAAGGGCGCACAAUUACAAUUAGAGCCUCAGUCUGGCGUUACGCUUGCGCCGAACCAGAAGCACGGAAUUACACAAAACAUUCGCGUGAACAAUGUCCAGCGAGGCACAGGAAACAGUGUGAAGAUGCGGUGGAAGGCAUCCUACUCUCUGGGUGGGCAGCAGAAGAGUGAGCAAGGGGAGAUCGCUAGCUUAGGUGUCUCGUAG